AUGGCCACUGUCAGUCAGACAAAGGCGAAUCAGUCUCGCCACGAAAUGAAAUCAAAUUAGCAAGCUAGAGGAGGACGGAUGGCACUGUGAAAACCGGCUGGUGCAUGUUCCGUGUCGGGGAUAUAGAAGAGGACUUGUCACGAGGACCAACUAAACACCGGUUUAUUAAAUGCUGUGGAGGACGGGGGACCUAGAUACAAAGAUCAAGGAUGUCUCAGUUCACAGAUGAGCCUCGCUUCACCAUCGAGCAGAUUGACCUGCUCCAACGGCUGAGGAGGACGGGGAUGACCAAGCCAGAGAUCCUCCACGCUCUGGAUACCCUGGACAGACUGGACCGCCAGCACGGACACAAGUUUGGACGCCGUCCCCAGACGCAGCCCCAGCCUGUCGGUCAGGGACCGACGUCCAAUAGCAAUGCUAAUAUGACGUCGUCUUCCUCGUCCAACAACGUUGUGGCGUCUUCAUCGACGUCCACGGCCGCCACACAGACUGGUUACCGGGCGAAUGGGAGUGGCGGGAGUGGUCUGUCGCCGUCACCUAGCAACAACUAUGAUAUGUCGCCGCCCCCUCCGGCGGUUGUAUCUGCCCCUGUUGCUUUGGCAGCAGUGGCUCAGAACGGGUGUGGGGUUGGUGGCGGCGGAGAGAUUGUUGCCAUGACGAACGGAAAGCUGUCUCCACCACGGUUUCCUAUCAGUGUUAGUGCGGUUAGUGGUGGCGUGACUGGGAGAGGCUACGGGUUUGAGGCCAGCGAGGAGGAACUAGACGUGGACGACAAAGUGGAGGAACUCAUGAGAAGGGACAGUGCCAUAAUCAAGGAGGAGAUCAAGGUGUUCCUGGGGAACAGGCGCAUCUCUCAGGCUGUGGUGGCUCAGGUCACAGGUAUCAGUCAGAGUCGUAUCUCCCACUGGCUGCUCCAGCAGGGCUCGGACCUCAGUGAACAGAAGAAGAGGGCCUUCUAUCGCUGGUACCAGUUGGAGAAGACCACCCCCGGUGCCACUCUGACGAUGCGGCCCGCCCCCAUGUCUCUGGAGGAUGUGGUUGAGUGGCGGCAGACUCCGCCCCCUAUAAGCUCCACCCCCGGGAGCUUCCGUCUGCGCCGAGGCAGUCGCUUCACCUGGAGGAAAGAAUGUCUGGCUGUGAUGGAGAGUUACUUCAAUGACAACCAGUACCCUGAUGAAGCUAAAAGAGAGGAGAUCGCCAACGCCUGCAACGCUGUCAUCCAGAAACCAGGGAAGAAGCUGUCUGAUCUGGAGAAAGUCACGUCUCUGAAGGUCUACAACUGGUUUGCCAACCGCCGCAAGGAGAUCAAGAGACGCGCCAACAUAGAAGAAGCAGCAAUCCUGGAGAGCCAUGGGAUCGACGUCCAGAGUCCUGGUGGACACUCCAACGGCGAUGACAUUGAGGGGAAUGACUUCCCUGACCAGGGCUGUGAAGUCCCUCUGUUUGAGAAGAGAGCUGUUACCAGACCCUUCAGUCGACUAGACCUGUCCUCUCCCACACAGGUGCCCACCCUGCUGCCCAGCUGGCUGGCGGCUUGGCCCGGCUCGGGCAGGGGGGGCUUGGCUGCCCAGAGGGCUAGCUCUCUGAUUGGCCGCUCCUUGCUCUCUGGGUGGGGUCUCGCUCAGGGGGUGGGGAUGGAAGGUUCCAGACUGACAGGUGUGUCCUGGUCUCCCCCCUCCCCCCAGGAUGAUGACUCCACCAAUCACAGCAAUGCCCUGGAGCACCAGGAUCCCAUCGCCCUCGCCGUGGAGAUGGCGGCCGUCAAUCACAGCAUCCUCGCCCUGGCAACGCAGGCGGGGGGAGGAUUGGCCCUGGGCGGGACAGGAAGUGACAUCAAAACAGAGGUGCUAGACGACUAGGGAUGAGAGAGAAACGUGUUAUUUUGCAUUCAUAAUCAAAUGGGAAGGUGGUAAUUACCAGUUGUGAAGUCGCAAAAACGUGUUGGAUGCAUUCACGUGCUUUGAACUCGUUGAGAAAUGUACAGCUAUAAUGCUUGUAAACAAAUUAGUGUUCAAAAAACAUUAAUAUAACUAUAAAAAGCAAUGUUUUGUUGCAUUUAACUGCCGAAAAUGCUGUUAUCGAAGUCAUUUCCUUAGGUGACGUCAGAGUUCAGGAAUGAUAGACGGGUUUCCCAUUAGCAGCUACCAGUCAGUCGUAUAUGGUAAAUACCACCUUCCCACUUAGUUAUGAACGCAGCAUAUGUUUGUGCGUGUGUGCGCGCGUGCGUGAGUGCACAUGAGGAUGAGGCUACAGUAGAGUAGGAAAAUAUUUGUUGGGAGCAAGUAGAGCUUGUUGGAACAUUAUACUGUAAAUGAUGACCAAAAGUAAUGCAUAGGCUUAGAGACUGUCAAAGCUAAGGUAACAGGCCUCCCCUUACCUCCACCUCCCUAUUUCCUAACCCCUUUAGACUGUUCUAGAGGUAUUGUGUUGGGAGGCCUGGCCCUAAAGUUGUCUAUGAAACAGUCAUACAGUGUAUGUACAGUGUGUGAGGUAUAUUAUGCUCUUGUCUGUGAUUCUAAAGAAUCAGAAUAGGUUAUUAUGGAACCCUGGACAACUCCCUCUAAGCAUGGAGGGCUCCUGCCUUGGUAUUCUGAUUUUGGCACCUUCUCCCCCAACGUGCACAGUAUGCUAUUUGAUUCCUCGCUCGCUCCAUCUUUCUUCUCUACCUCACCCAGACAUAUUCUCUUUCCAUGUAUACUCUUCUCUUUUGCCUCUUACACUGUCUGUUCACCCCUCCCCUUUCCCUCUCGUCUGUCUGUCCCAUUUCAUUUGUCUCCAACUUCGCAGUAUAAGGGAGAGAGAGGCGAGUGUUCUCAACAGGCCUCUGUAAUCCCUAAAAUGUAUAAAUAUAUCCCCUUGUUGUAGCACUACCUAAGCUGGAUAGGUUUAAAGCAAGUGAAAAUCAGACAUUCAUUAUAUUAUUGCUUGAGAGAGAGGAAUCGUGCAAGCUAGUGAAAGGGGCCAUACGUGGUUGCUAUGGGGGUAACUAUAAGCAUAUUGAAGCUGUACCCAAACCAUUUGUUUUUAGCUUUUAACCGUAGCUUAGUCUGUUCCCUUAAAUUAAGGUGUCAUAAUCAUGUUCCCCAGUUGAGAGAAAAUGCGUUAUUAUUUUAAGAUUGCCAAUCAAGGGUGCGUUGGAAAUGUCCCUAUCACAUGAGGCUGCUGAGGGGAGGAAGGCUCAUAAUAAUGGCUGGAAUGGAGUAAAUGGAAUGGCAUCAAACUCAUGGACCAUGUGUUUGAAACCAUUCCGUUCCAGCCAUUAUUAUGAGCCCAUCCUCUCCAAUUAAGGUGCCAGCGGCUGCCUGUACUCCCAGUACUAAGAAUAAUAGGGACCAAUGAAAACACUUCUUUCUCUAUCCUUUAUAUGCCAUGACGUCUUCAACACAAGCUGUUAUCCAAGAUACUUGCUUUUAAAUGGUAUUUUCUCUUUUAAAAAUAAGUCACUUUAUGGGAGUAGCUACCAAGGGGCUUGAGUUUCCUGCCCUCGUAGCUUAUUGGUCGUCCGGAGUGAUUGACAGACCAGGCAAGCAAUAGGAGGAAGAGAGACUGAUCUGUUGGCUGACACAGGUUCAAAAGGUAAGGGGUCAGGGUUUGUUUGGUGAUUCCACAAACCCCCCCCCCCCCAUCUACCUUUCCCUAUAAGCUAGGUUCCCCCACUCCCAGGUCGCUGCUUUUAAUGUGAAAUAAGUUAUGUAGAUGAAUAACCUUGUUUGUUUUUUUACCUUGAAGGGGUAGUUGAAAUUCAAGUUGACCAGACUCAAAUGUGAUUUUGUUGUGUAGGUUCCUGUUAUGAUGAAAUCAGCAGACCUCAAUCCCAAACUACUGAGAAACUUUCUCCUUGCCAGAUCUACACAACAGUCAUGGUGGGAUAUGGUCCCAGCUUAUUGUUAGACCACUUCUGAGCAGGGCUUGGAACCAGUUCAGGGAACAGAAACAACAAACAGAAUCAGAACGAAAGUGAUCUAUACUGUUGUUUUAAAACCAUGGGAUCCGGCUAAUAACGUUAUUUUACAUUCCGUUCUUUUAUUCUGUCGCGCAAAGCACUCACUCUGUCAUUAAGAAACUUAUUCCGGUGUCUGCCUCCCUGCCAGCUGAAAAUCUUUGCCAGUGUGCGUGUGGGCUACCUGCCCCUCCCCAUCCGAAGUAUUGUUUACUGUAGCCUACUGACGUUACAAGCGUGAUUCAGAAAUUAGGGAGAGCGAUUUGUAAUUAGAGAAGAAUGGGUUAACCGUUUCAAUGCUAGGUAUCACGUUUCACAUUGGAUUUAUUAACUACAAAAAGGUAAGAUAUGUUAAUUCUGGUGCCGCUCUUCACACGCAAGCUUGUUAGCUAGCUCUGGUCCAACAUUAAGCGAACUCUUUGAAAUUAAAAGUUCCUCCAUAGAUGCCACUCCUCCACAUGUAUAAUUCCGUGGGCCUAAUUCAGAUGAUGCCCAGCGCUUCAAGCCAUCCUCUCUCUCUCCCCCCACCCGAUUUCAGAAGUUUAAAAAAGAACAGAAUGGAACGACAUAAAGUUACAGUUUUUCCCUUUCAAACCUCUGUGGGAACAGAGGAACGCAACAAAAAAAUAUGGUUCUGUUCAGAAUUAAACUAAUAAAUAAUUGGUUCCAACCCCUGCUUCUGAGGUAUUGAGAUGUUUGGCAAACGUUAGUGUCUCGUGACAUACUGUUAGCUGACCAAGUUGCAGAGAUGACUCACAUUGAUGUUUGGGUGAACUGUCCCUUUAAGUAGGCCAAUAUAUAUUAAAUGACAGCCAAGCUGACCUGUUUCUGCUGCUUCUGAGGUUCCACUAACACCUAGUGCUUUGUUCUGUAUCAAAUAUGUAUCUUACAAGAUAAGACUAUUCUAAAGACUGAGGCAGAAAAACAUUUUAUUUUCCGAUUUGUUACUUAAAUAUUUCCAUGUGUAAAACUCUGCCAAGCAGAAAUGUAUAGUAUGAGAUUAAUCAUUAAAUGCUUAGUUUGUUUUUUGUUUUUCCAUUUUGAUAUGCAGUGGGCCCGAUUCAGACUUAGUAAAUGUACGCCUUUCCUAAGCACUUCUUAGUAGUUGGUAUUUAGACUUACCUUUUAUGCAGGUGCAUAAAGGGCUUUUCAGGCGUGGUUCCCUUGUGCACACUGAAUACAUUUAACCUAACCGCUGAAAACCCUCCCACUUUCUGGCCAGCUGAUUUUCUCUUGGUUUUCAGUACAUUUAUCUAAAGCCAUAACUUUAAAUUUGACAGACUCACUAGAACAGGGAUGGGCAACUACAGUCCUUGGGGGGCAUGCUUGGUGUGACACUUUUAACACACCUGACUCCAAUAAUCAAGAUCUUCAGUUUAGAAUGCAAUUAGUUUAUUCAGCUUGUUGUGUUUGUUAGGCAUGGGCAAAAAGUGACACCACUCCGGCCCCCGAGGACUGGAGUUGACCAUCCCUGCACUAGAAUAUAUGGAUCAAUGAAAGGCCAUGUAAAUACAUGCAUAUUAAUCUCAUUUUCAGCACCAAUUGAAUUGGUAGAUUUAAAAAUACUCUGAUCUUGUGUAUUAUUUAGGGUUAGAAAAGUAUUUAUAAAUAAUAAAACAGGUUUGGAGACCCUUUAAGCAUGAAAUAGGUUGGUGAAUCAAAAAUAGUCGUAAAUAUUCAUCCUGAAAGUUGCCAUAUUCAAUUGUUCAAUCCAUUAAAUAUUGGAAAGUGUAGAAUAGGGGGAAUAAUGUUACAUUUAUGCACGCAUAACUCGGGUCUGAGUCGGCCCCAAACUACCGUGUUUUUCAUUGCCCUAUUGUACUCCAUCAAAGGCAAAACUUAUCCUUCAGGUUUCUGAGCUCUUUACUAGUCUCUCGAGACUGUUUAACAAUUGUUAACGCCAUAUCAAGUAGCGAGCUAGCACACGAUUUGGUUCAUUGGCAUCACCCAGAAUUUGAUGAAUCUGUCAAAUCUACAAAUUAAAUUGGUACUGUAUACAAAACCAGGUGAAAACGUCUGCUACUCAAUAAUGACCAUUAACCUCUGUGGGAGGGGCUUUGCCUUUGAAACUGCGAGGGAACAGCUAUUGCCAGUCCUCAUUCAUACAUAAUGUGAAUACAUGAAAUAACAAAUAUUCUAGAAGAUGAAAUGAAUAUAAAUUAUUGAAAUCACUGUUGUAUCAGAUUGAAAUAGUUAAACGAGUCCUGUUAUCUUCUAUUUCAGAAUUUAGUGCCUUUUUUGGACAGUAGACUGUUCUGUAAUUAAUAUGUAGAAAUCUAUAUGCCUUUUGUUGCAUUUGUUUGAAAAACAUUUUGUUAACUUGUUUAUUUUAGUAUUGUAUCUACUAAAGAAUAAAGAAAGAUGAACAAUGGGUCUGUGUUUUGUGAGCAACUAAAGUCUAGCUCUCAAAAUGUGUAUCAAUUGGCCCAAAUCUGCACAAACUAACUGCAAUUGACAUCAGGAGCUCAAAUUAGCAUUCUGCCCUUAAUGAUGGAAGAUUACAGUCUCAUAAAAAAACCCUGCAGAUGAUACAAAUCUGUAAAUCAAUUCAUUUUUUUUUAUUCUUUCCUUUACAGGGAGAUAAUUGUCCAGACAAUAAAAAAUAAAAUGAUAAAUGUAUUAUAAUACAUGAUUAUUCUUUGGAUUUCAGCAGAGAAUUAAAUUAAUCAAAAUCCAAACUUGUGCUCAGAUUUUUAAGUCUUUAUAUAUAUAUACAUACAUACAUAGUCAUGCCUACACCUAUUCGCUCCCACAGAUAUAGUGAAAUAAUACACUU